UCCUGCGUGUGACCCACGGCUGGUUAGCCAACAAGCUAACUAACGUUGCUUCUCACUAACCGGCGCGGCGUUGUCGUUGUGUUUACAUUUUGUUUGUUUUUUUUCCCCGUACUGUUAUGUGCAGACGUGACUAUCGUUGAAAUUACGGAUUAUCUGCACCUCUCCUCGGCUGACCGGGAGCCGCCAUGGAAUGCCGUGUGCUGUCCAUACAGAGCCAUGUAGUCCGGGGAUAUGUGGGCAACAAGAGCGCCUCUUUCCCAUUACAGGUUUUAGGGUUUGAGGUGGACUCCAUUAACUCUGUCCAGUUCUCCAACCAUACAGGUUAUUCCCAUUGGAAAGGCCAGGUGUUGACAGCAGACGAGCUCCAUGUUCUUUAUGAGGGAAUCAAACUGAACAACGUGCACCACUAUGACUAUGUUUUAACAGGGUAUACCAGAGACACAUCCUUCUUGGAGAUGGUGGUGGACAUUGUUCAGGAGUUAAAGAGAGCCAACCCCAACCUGGUGUAUGUAUGUGACCCCGUCCUGGGUGAUCACGGAUCUAUGUAUGUUCCUCAGAAUCUUUACCCGGUCUAUAAGAACAAGGUGGUUCCUGUUGCUGACAUUAUUACUCCUAACCAGUUUGAGGCUGAAUUAUUGACAGGGAAAAACAUCAGCACAGAGAAAGACGCUGUAGAGGUAAUGGACCUUCUCCAUGCUAUGGGCCCAGACACAGUGGUCAUCACCUCCUCUGAUCUGCCCUCCAGACUGGGAGACCGCUUCCUGGUGUCGCUGGGCAGCCAGCGACAUGUUCGUCCAGACGGCAGCAGGACAACACAGAGAGUUCGAAUAGAAGUUCCCAAAGUGGACGCCGUCUUCGUAGGAACCGGAGAUUUGUUUGCUGCUAUGCUGCUAGCGUGGACACACCACCACCCUAAUGACCUAAAGACGGCCUGUGAGAAGACUUUUUCAGUGAUGCACCAUGUUAUCCAGAGGACCAUAUCUUAUGCUCACGAGUUAGCAGGUCCUGGUCGGAGGCCCAGUCCGCCCCAGCUGGAGCUGAGGAUGGUUCAAAGUAAAGCUGACAUAGAGGACCCUGCUAUAGUUACGGAGGCCACAGUCAUAUCCUAACAUUACCGACCCAUAAGACUCAUACUAACCAUGUCCUCUUCACCCGUAAAUCUCUCAAAUCCUGUAUCUCGGUAAAUCUCUCAUCACUGUAAACCUUGAUUGUCAUUUCCAAACUUCAACACCUCAUCAUCCAGACUCCUCAAACCCCUUAGUAUUGUAACCCCUUUAGUCCUUUUACCCUAAAACCCUCUACCCCUUUAACUCCUGUAACUCCUACGCCCCUUGACCCUCACCCUGUUUUGGAACCAGAGCCAUGGAUAGACAGAAGGUUUGGUCUGGUUGGACUGUGGCGGCCUCUUGCUGCCUCUUCUCUGACAGGCUAUGUGAGUGGAAUGCACGGCUGCUUUAUGGAAAGCUGUAGGCUUUAAAAAAAACAAAACAAAAAAAGAGUGUUGUAGGGAUGAUUGGACAGUUAUAAAAAAAAAAAAAAGACCCUGAAAAGUCCAGUCAUUACCGAUUGUUUUGGAGAUGUAUUCAGAUGUGGGCAAAGGCGAUGCCAUAUUUAUUACAGGAAAGUUGGAGUAGACCCUGAAGUACUACUAGGACUGUAGUUAUUACUCCAGGGUGUUGUUAUUAAACUCUUUAGUGGGGAGUGGAAAGUUGGGAGUGAAUACAGAAACUGUGAACAGGGAGCAAGAAUAAAGAAACUAACUGAGAGGAGGAGAUGCUGUCAGGAGUAUUUUUACCCACUGUGAAUUCACAUUUAAAAAUAUGAACAGGCACUUGCUGUAUUAAUACUUGUAACAAACCUGGGUAACUUCCUCGUUUACUUAACAACAACAACACAUGGUUGUGUUCUGGCUUUGUUUGCAAAGAAAAUUUGUCGUGAGGUUCUAACGCAGUGGGAAUGAUUUGUAGUUGCAUUUGGAAACAAAAAACUCUGCAACAUGUUUUUAUUCAAAAGUGAUAGAAAGUAAAACUCCAGCUACUGAAUGUUACUGUUUCUUAAAACUCCAAAAACUCUACCUCUAAAUUAGUAGAUAUGAACUUGCCUACUUUAUUGCUCUAUUACUGCCACUCAACUCACAUACUCUCUUUAUUUUUGACAGUGUUGCACUCUGGCGAUGGUCCUCCACACCAGUUGCCAGGUAACAAGAUUGCAUCGGUGGUACUGUAAAACUGUAAUAAUCAAACACUGUUUAUCUAUGGCUCUACCCACCACUGUUUUGACCCCCUCCCCGUCUUACAGCAGUGAUGUAAUGGUGACCAAGUCUAACCCCCCGAGACCCCUUGACAAUAAUAACAAAGGAAAAAAAAAAACGCACAAUGUAUAGUUGAUGUAUAGAUGUUGUACUAUAACUGUAUUGGACCAUCUGUAUGAUAUCUUCUAUCUGAUCUGUCUCUUGGACCAUUGUGUUGAUGCUACUGUACUAUAGACCACACGCACUACAAUAUCACCCAAACCAGAGACAUCUGGGAUGGUUCUGGCACUGUGGGAGGCUCCAGUGGCUCCAGUCGUUGUAACUUGUUAGUAAUAGGUAACUGUCUAAUAGUCAUAGUAAAUGGUUGAACCUCCUUCAUCUCAACAUAAAGAAACAUGGGCAACCUAAGCUGUGUGAGCUGUCCCUGGCCGAUUUCACGUACGUUAGACCAAUCAGAAAUCGGCUACCUCGGUGCCAGAACCAACCCGCAUCAUGCCGGGCGGUUCCCGGCCCAGCUCUGGCCCAGAACCCUAUAUCUGAGAGUUGUGCCACUGAAUUUACUGGAGGCCUCAAGAAGUCGUAAAAGGAGACUCUCCGCGUCAGAGCAGGAGACUUCCCCCACGUCCAGUAGCAGCUCUGCAAAUGUUUGUUGUAGAAAAUGUAUUUUCGGUUCACUUCACACUCCUCUGUGGUCACAGUAACAGAAAUGAUGCCAGCAGGUCGAGUUUCAAUACCAAGAGUUACAUUUUUAAAUUAAAUAUAAGAUUAAGGAUCUACAAUACUGUCAGCGUAAACUGAUGCCUAUUUGAAAUGACUGUUUGCAGCUUGAAUACUACUAUUAUUAUACUGUCAAAGCACAUGCUGUUUGUGAACUAACCUCUCCAGUUAGAUCAGCAGAUGUUUUUAAUACUGCAACGAAAGUUUUGAUUUCAGAAAAUCAAACAUUACACACAGCACUCACUGUUCAACAGACAGGGCCAUCCUGAUCAAAUCCACAAUCUGGUUUCCUCAUAGCUAACUAGCCACUAAACUAGCUAACUUCCUGCCUUCAAGCAGUCGUGUUGUCUUCCCCAUCGUUACCAGCUGUUUUGAUACUGCACAGUCAAUAAAAACACUUCAGUUAUGCGAAGAAAUGAUGCCGGACAGAGGAAUCUUAUGGUUGAAUGAAUAAUUCUAAAUGGCCAUCAUAUUCUGAGUUUCACAGUGGAGUGUGACAGGACAGAGGUGAAGAGAACAUGACAUGCGACAGUGGUAAUGAGCCGGUUUCAGACCAAUGAUGUUGCGAGAACUUGGCAUGUGCCUUAGCCCGCUGAGCUACCAGGGCACCACAGGAAAUGAGAUUUUAAUGAGAAUUUUUUAACAUUUUUAAGUUACCUCCCAAUCCUUUUCCCCCCUCGUUGCUUCCUGAUUUGAAUGUUCAGUAAUCUUUUAACAGCAGGAAACAGUUUCAGCUAACUUUGCUUGGCAACAACAUACAGUUUUGGAAACCAAAUAACUGGAGGCUUUAAAAAAAAGAAAGAAAGAAAACAAAAGAAAAGAAAAAGAAAAAUCCAGAUGCCAUCAGUGUCCCACCUGAGCUGGAUGUAAGGUUCUGGGCAGGCCAGUGUAAUUCUGUACUGCUGUUGUUUCUCUAUGGACUGUACUGUGAUACUGCCUUAGGAACCUAACAUCAUAACACCACAAUACUGCUCACUGAGGGAGAGGUGGACAGGGAGGAGGAGGGGGUGGGAAGGAAACAUGAGAUGUCUUAAAUGUAGGUCUUUGUGACUGCACAUUUCUGUUCUGCAGUGUGGCUGAAAUGAGGAGGAAAUGAGAUCGCAUAUGUUUAGAGUUUCUGUUUGAAUCUAUAAAAUAUGUUUUUAGGGCUGCAAGUAAGGAUUUUUUUCAUUAUUGAUAUAAAAUGGUUUGAUUAUUCUUUCAAUUAACCAAUUAAUUGUUUGGUUAAUAAAUUGACAGAAAAAUGACAAAAAUAAU